AUGGACCAUCAGCAUAACUCGCUACAGCCAGAAAAGUCGGCACUCGACGUGACUGCUUCAUCCCGAGGCUCUGUCAAGACCCUUACUGCGAAGGGGGACGAAGGGGAUGAAACGAUAGGCAACGAUGUAUCCGAACAGCGCAUCCACGACGACAUGGCACAACUGGCCAAGAGGUUGACAGCACACUCGCAAGCCUCCGGCGCCAUUCCAUCCCUCUUCCCUUUGGUACCGGGAAGUACUUUGGAUCCAUACAGCGAGCACUUCAAUGCCAAGAUCUGGGCCAAAGCUUUCUACAAGGCUAGGAUGGCGUCUCUGGACGGCAGUGCGCCGCGAACAUCAGGCAUCGCCUUUCAGAACCUCAGCGUAUACGGUUUCGGAGCCGACACCGACUUCCAGAAGACUGUUGGCAACAUCUUCCUUGGCGUGACUGGCCUUGCGCAGCGGCUCCUGGGCAAGAGGCAGCAACGCGUAGACAUCCUGCAUGGCCUUGAGGGUGUAGUGCACAGCGGCGAGAUGCUCUGUGUGCUCGGCCCACCGGGAUCAGGCUGCUCGACAUUUCUACGCACAGUUGCAGGAGAAACCCACGGCUUCCACCUCGAGCCCUCGGCCAAGCUCAACUACCAGGGCAUUCAUCCCUCUCAGAUGACGGGCGCGUUCCGAGGCGAGGCUAUCUAUACCGCCGAAGUCGAUCAUCACUUCCCUCAGCUCACCGUUGGGGACGCGCUCUACUAUGCCGCAGCUGCUAGGUGUCCCAAGAACAUCCCCCACGGAGCUUCUCGCGAGGAAUACAUCGGCCACCUCCGUGAUGUUACGAUGGCAAUGUUUGGCAUAUCCCACACCAGGAACACUCGAGUUGGUAAUGACUUCAUUCGUGGCGUCAGCGGCGGUGAGAGGAAGCGCGUUACGAUUGCCGAGGCUGCCCUGAGCUACGCACCUAUGCAGUGUUGGGAUAACAGUACUCGGGGUCUUGACAGUGCCAACGCAGUCGAGUUUUGCCGUACAAUCAGGACCCAAGCGGACGUCUUUGGGUGUGCUUCUUGCGUUGCCAUCUACCAAGCGCCGCAGGACGCUUACGAUCUGUUUGACAAGGUGCUCGUCCUGUAUGAAGGCCGUCAGAUCUUCUUCGGUAAGGCCUCACGCGCCCGUCAGUAUUUCGAGGAGCUUGGGUUUGUCUGCCCCGACCAACAAACCACAGCCGACUUCUUGACCUCGAUGACUAGCCCAAGCGAGCGCAGUGUGAGGCCAGGAUGGGAGGGCAAGGCGCCUCGGACUGCUGAUGACUUUGCUUCCGUCUGGAAGCAGAGCCGCGACCGCUCUCUCCUGGUUGAGGAGAUAGAUGACUACAUGGCCCGUUACCCGUUCCACGGCGAGCACUAUGACCAAUUCCUCGAAUCAAGGCGUCAGGAUCAGUCAUCAAUCCAGCGUGCCAAGUCUCCGUUCACGCUAUCGUUCAUCGGACAGAUGAGCCUCACACUCCAUCGGAGCUUUGUCAUGGUCAAGAACGACCCAAGCUUGCCCCUGACCAUGCUUACCGUCAACCUCUUGCAGUCUCUUUUUGUCAGCAGCAUCUUCUACAACAUGCCCGAAACGACAGCUUCGCUCCAACGCAGGGCCAUUCUCCUAUUCUUUAUCAUCAUGAUGAACGCUUUUGGCAGCAUCCUCGAGAUCCUCACAUUAUAUGCCAAGCGGAAAAUUGUAGAGAAGCAUGCGAGGUAUGCGUUUUAUCAUCCCAGCGCGGAAGCCCUUUCGUCCAUGGUGAUGGACCUCCCUUACAAGUUGACCAAUUGUAUCAUCACCAACGUUCUCACCUAUUUCAUGGGAAACUUGCGUCGCGAGCCGGGAGCUUUCUUCUUCUUUCUACUCAUUAUCUUCACGACCACAAUGACCAUGUCCAUGGGGUUUCGGCUCAUCGCAUCCUGCUCCAAGUCGAUGCCCCAGGCCAUGGCACCAGCGUCCGUCAUCCUGUUGGCUUUGGUGCUUUACUCGGGCUUUGUCAUCUCCGUCGACAAUAUGCGCGAUUGGAUCUCGUGGGCCCGUUGGGCUAAUCCCAUCUUCUACGGUCUCGAAUCCCUCCUGGUCAACGAGUUCCACGGCGUCGACUUCGCCUGCGUCACGUACGUGCCCCAUGGUAAUGGUUAUGACGAUGUUGCGCCCAGUGCCAGGGCCUGUUCCUCCAUCGGCUCGGUCCCUGGGCAGGACUUUGUUAGUGGCACGACUUACAUCAAGUCCGCCUAUCGAUACAACCCUGCGAAUCGAUGGCGGAACUGGGGUGUCAUGAUUGCUUUCAUGGCACUUUACGCUGGCCUUCAUCUUUUCACAACCGAGUACGUUGCUUCGGAACGUUCAAAGGGCGAAGUCCUGGUCUUUAUCCGCAAGGCUAUGAAGAAGCUCAAGAAGAAGACAUCAGAAGACGACGCCGAAACUGGAACGUCGCCAGCCGUCGGCCACGAGAUCAGAAAUCAAUCCGGAGCAGUGGCGGGUAUGGACCGUCAAACUUCUGUUUUCCAUUGGCAGGACGUGUGUUAUGAUGUGCAGAUCAAGGGGGAGACUCGUCGCAUCUUGGACCAUGUUGAUGGUUGGGUGAAGCCGGGCACAUUGACAGCCCUAAUGGGAUCCUCUGGAGCGGGUAAGACGACGCUGCUUGAUGUCCUUGCUAGCCGCGUGACGAUGGGCGUCGUUACUGGCAGCAUGCUGGUUAACGGGACAUUACGCGAUGAGUCUUUCCAACGAAAGACGGGCUACGUCCAACAGCAGGCAAGUUGCCUUGGCUUCCGCUCCGUUGACCUCCACCUUAGCACCUCGACUGUCCGCGAAGCCCUAACGUUCAGCGCGCUGUUGCGCCAGCCAGCUCGGUACACCCGCCAGGAGAAGAUUUCUUAUGUCGACGCUGUCAUAGAUAUGCUUGGCAUGGAGGAUUAUGCCGAUGCUGUGAUCGGUGUCCCCGGCGAAGGUCUCAAUGUUGAGCAACGAAAGCGACUCACCAUCGGCGUCGAACUUGCAGCACGUCCACAGCUCCUCCUCUUCUUCGAUGAGCCGACUUCAGGGCUAGACAGCCAGACGUCGUGGUCUAUUUGCAAUCUCAUGGAGAAGUUGACCAUGAACGGUCAGGCUAUCCUCUGCACGAUACAUCAGCCUUCGGCCAUGUUGUUUCAACGGUUUGACCAUCUGCUGCUGCUGUCCAAGGGCAAGACCAUCUACUUUGGAGAUAUCGGGGCCGGUGCCUACACUCUCGUUGACUACUUCACCCGGAAUGGAGCUCACGACCUUCCUGUCGGUGCCAACCCGGCCGAGUACAUGCUCGACGUAAUCGGCGCUGCCCCUGGCGCGACCACCGACAUCGACUGGCCAGCCGUUUGGAGGAGCAGCCCCGAGUACCAAAAAGUCCAGCAGGAGCUCGCGAGGCUCGGGACAGACCCGGGACACACCGAGAGCCAAUUCGAUUCCACCCAGCACAAGGAGUUCGCCGCUUCUUCUGUCGAGCAGUACCGCCAAGUCACCAAGAGAGUGUUUGAACAGUACUGGCGCUCACCCGGGUAUAUCUUUGCCAAGAUUACCAUGUCUGUCGGCACCUCACUCUUCAUCGGGCUGUCGUUCCUAAACGGCAUCAACACUCAGCAGGGACUCAUGAACCAGCUGUUUGGUAUUUUCAUCUUCCUCAGUCUGUUCUCUAAUCUCGUCAAUCAGAUCAUGCCAGUCUUUGCGUCGCAGCGCGCCAUGUACGAGGCCCGGGAGCGCCCCUCGAAGACUUACUCUUGGAAGGCAUUCAUGGCUGCCAACAUGAUUGUCGAACUGGUCUGGAAUUCACUUAUGGCGCUCCUCGCCUUCCUAUGCUGGUACUACCCAAUUGGCCUCUUCAGAAAUGCAGAGUGGACCGACUCGGUGCACUCGCGAGGCAUCACCAUGCUCAUGCAGCUCUGGAUCUUCCUCAUGUACACGACGACCUUUGCGCACAUGCUUAUCGCCGGUGUUGAGACGGCGGACAUUGCUGGCGGCAUCGGCAACCUCUUGAUGGUCAUGAUGUACACCUUCUGCGGCGUCCUUGCUGGACCAAGUGUUCUUCCCCGCUUCUGGAUCUUCAUGUAUCGCGUGAAUCCCUUCACCUACAUUAUCGAAGGCUUGCUCGGAACUGGUCUUGGCAACGCGCCCAUGUACUGCGCGGACAACGAGCUCAUCCGCUUCACCGCCCCCGAGGGUUCGACCUGCGCCGAAUAUACCGCUCCAUUCCUCUCAGAGGCCGGGGGCUACAUCGUGGACUCUAAUGCUACAGAGUGCGAGUACUGUCCCGUCACGGAGACGAACCAGUUCCUGGCCUCAGUCAGCGUCAGCUACGAGCACCGGUGGAGGGACUUUGGGUUCCUGGUCGUCUUUUCCGUGUUCAACAUCUGCGUGGCAUUGUUGGUCUACUGGCUAGCGAGAGUCCCUCGGGCCAAGAAGGAGGAAAAGACAAAGAAGGCGUAG